GCGUGGCGGCUGCGGCUGCGGCGGCUGCGGCUCAGGGGCAGCCGGCCGCCGCACAAGUGCAGGGGGAGGGGGCAGUGGCGGCGGCCCUGGUCAGCCUGUGUCUGGAGGAGGUGCCCCUGCCCGCGGCCCCCUUUCCUGGGUCCACCGCAGAGGUGGCCGCUGCGGCCUCGGAGGCGCUGCAAGAAGCCGCCAUGUUGGCGUAUGAGGAAGCGCUGCGCGCGGCCGAGGCGCUGCGCCUGCCGCCCGAGCGCGUUGACGCGGUGAGCGGCGGCGUGCAGGCGGCGACGGAGGAGGCGGGCGGGUGCCGGCGGUUUCUGGGGAUGGAGUACCCGCGGCUGCGGCGCGCGUGCGCGGCGGGGGCAGUGGAGGUUGUGAGGGCCUGGAUGGACCGGACCGCGGCGCGUAGCUGCUGA